CACUCAGCCCGUCCUAUAGCAUCCGACUAGCAACUGAGGCAAAAGAAUUGACCAAUUGUGAACGUGGGUUACAUCUUUCUUGACAUACGUAAUUUUAUCUUAAUAUCUUUCAACUAUUUAAUCAGCACUCCUCGGGAAAUGGCAGCCCAAUGGAUUCGCAAGACAAUUACCCCUAAAUUAACGGGAGUCAGAUUAUACAGUGGUGGUUUAAGAAAGUGUACUUUAAUUCCUGGAGAUGGAAUUGGACCUGAAAUUUCAGCAGCCGUUCAAAAAAUUUUUGAUGCUGCCAAGGUACCAAUUGAAUGGGAAUCUGUAGACGUAACACCAGUUAAAGGUCCAGAUGGUAAAUUUGGAAUUCCUCAAGCUGCCAUUGACUCAGUGAAUAGGAAUAAAAUAGGCCUAAAAGGACCAUUGAUGACUCCUAUUGGUAAAGGUCAUCGAUCUCUCAACUUGGCAUUGAGAAAGGAAUUCAAUCUCUACGCUAAUGUCAGACCUUGUAGAUCAUUAGAAGGAUAUAAAACGCUUUAUGAUAACGUAGAUGUGGUAACAAUUCGUGAAAAUACUGAGGGAGAGUACUCGGGUAUUGAACAUGAAAUUGUUGAUGGUGUUGUACAGUCGAUUAAGUUGAUUACUGAAGAAGCUUCCCGCAGAGUCGCUGAAUUUGCUUUUCAGUAUGCUACUGAUAAUAAUAGGAAAAAGGUCACUGCCGUUCACAAAGCAAACAUAAUGCGUAUGUCAGACGGUCUUUUUCUCCGGUGCUGUCGUGAGGCUGCUAAAAAAUUCCCCAAUAUCAAAUUUGAGGAGCGAUAUUUGGACACAGUAUGCCUAAACAUGGUCCAGGAUCCUAGUCAAUACGAUGUGUUGGUGAUGCCGAAUUUGUACGGAGAUAUUUUGUCUGAUAUGUGUGCUGGUUUAGUAGGAGGACUGGGUUUGACUCCUAGUGGAAAUAUUGGUCUAAAUGGUGCAUUAUUCGAAUCAGUUCACGGUACAGCUCCAGACAUUGCUGGACAAGACAAAGCAAAUCCAACAGCUUUGCUUCUUUCUGCUGUUAUGAUGCUUAAAUACAUGGGAUUGAAUGAUCAUGCACGAAUCAUUGAACAUUCAGCUUAUGAUACUAUUAAAGAAGCUAAAUAUCUCACUGGAGAUCUUGGUGGUUUAGCAAAAUGCAGUGAAUACACUAAUGAAAUUUGUAAAAAAGUUCUUGCUCAGUCUAAGUAGGAGAGACCUAUUUCUCGGGAAUUUUCCAGCAAAUUCUUUUCAUGAAUUUAAUGAUCAAUUGUUAUCAUUUAAUCAUCAGUAAUUCAUGCUAAAAUAAUCUGCCAAUAUAUUUAUUAUGAACAUGAUAAUCAUGUAAGUUAUUCUAUUUAUGAUUUAGUUAAAAGAAUCAUUAUAAAAUAAAUUGAUCGUCAACUUCAUGAUUGAUUGUUAAAAAAAAAUUCCUAAAAAGAGAUGAGAAUAUUUGUCUGAUCGUAACUCACCAAAUACUCGUAGUUAGAGAUUCCUGUGAUAAGAAAAAAUUUUGUCUCACGGGUUUAUUGUAAUUUUUUUCGCUGCCAAUUUGAAUUUCUAAAAAUUAUAUAUCAGCAAACAGUGUUACAAUGUAUGAGAAUAAUUUUUUAAUGCCAAUUAUUGAAAUCAAAUAAUUAAUUGUUGAGUAUACAAUUAUUUAAGGCAUUUAGGAAUGUAUUUUGAACAUUGUAAUUAACCAGAAACAGUUGUGGGAAACUAUUUAACGUCCGUUUCGUAGUAAAAGAAUCACUUUUAAAGUCAUCAAGUGAAGCUUCAUUGCGUUUUUAGUGAACUUUUUAAUAAAUUACUUUUUGUCGCGUUUUGUGAUAAUUAUCACUUAUUAUUGGCAAUUAUUUAAUUAAUUGAUUAUUGAUAAUUGUUAAUAACCAUAGAAUCAGAGUUGUAUCAUAUUUUAAAGUCGUUGUCAGUGAAGAUACUGAACUAGGUACGAACGUGUUUGUGCAGUAUUAAAGUUCAAUAAAGAUAAAAUAAUUAAAAAAAAA